UUGACAGGCCAACAACAACAACUGAUGGUUGCUAUAUCAUAUUAUAUAAAUAUAUAUAUAGCAACAUGUAGAUUUUAGCAGAUAUAUAUUUAAAUGUUCGACAGAUAUCCUAUAAAACAAAAUACUCACUUUAAUUAUCAAUGGGUUUAAAAAGAAAAGAUUUUGAGAAAGCUGCUUCAUUUCUCAACGAGUUUCUAUUAAAGCUUAGUGAAGAUGUGGAAUGUGCUGAGUUACGAGACUCUCUUACACUGGCACUGUUACAUAUGCAGAAAUACUACCGCAUCUUACAGUGUCGUAGCCAAGAAAAAAAUGCAUAUCAAGCAAAUAUGCUGCCUCUAUCUGCAAGAAGUCUCAGUCCAAUGACACCAUUUAUUGAUGCCCCAGAUAAGUUUUUAUGGAAAUGGACAAACUUGGAAAGUACAAAACUCCGAAACUCUAUGUCAUAUAUACUACCAAAUAUUAUUCAAGCCACAAAAGAAGGAGACAUUGAGAAAAUUCUAGAAAUAGUUAUGCAAGAUCCAACUUUAGUGAAUGAAACUGACUGUUUGGGCAGGACUCCAUUGAUGUAUGCUAUUCACUAUAAUCAGCUGGAAGCUUUGAAAUGCCUUCUAGAAAAAAAUGCUGAUGUCAAUAUAUCAGCUCAUGAUGGUUCAACUGCUGUCCACAAAGCUUGUUAUGACAGCAACUGCAAAGCUUUAGAAUUCAUAAUCCACCAGAGGGGCGACAUACACUGUCAAGACACGCAGCUGCGAUCUCCGAUCCACUGGGCUGUUGCAACACCAUCGACUGAUUGUCUGAAGCUUCUUCUGCCCCUUAACGUUAAUGUAUCAUCUCGAGACAAAGAUGGACUGUCACCGAGUAUGUGGGCCUGUCGCCUUGACCACAUUGACCACUUUGAACUGUUAUGUAAAGCCAACCAAUGGCAGAAUGAUGAAGAAGUUGAAACUGAUGACAGUGGACGUACAUGGCUUCACUGGGCAGUCCGCAGAACAGAACCCCUUGAAUGUUUGCAGACCUUACUCACCAAAGACUCUGCGGCAUUGAGAGACAAAGAGGGAAAAACUGUUAUUUUAGUUGCAGCUGAACUGGGUUCUUACCCAGCAUGCAAGUUGAUUGUUGAGUUAGCAGGUCAGAGUGUUGUCCAUGACCAAGAUAACUGCGAAAGGACAGCAUUGCAUUUGGCCACCCUCGGUGGACAUGGUAAUGUCUUGAAUUUUCUCUUAGAAAAUGGAGCCAACAUUGAAGUCCGCGACCAGUUCCAGGCAACUGCGUGGGAUUACGCCAGUAACAAACAGCUGCACUAUUGUCAAUUGAUCAUUAAGUCUCACAUGCAUCAGUCACUCCAGGUCGGACUCAGAGCAUCCAACAGUAACAACUUGUGGCAGAAGAAUCCAGGUAAUCGCCUCAACGACCAGUUAUUGACUAUCAACGAACAGAUGCAUUGUAACACCAAUAAUAACAACAACGUCAAUACCAUCACCACCACUGCCAUUACUGCUACCACAACUUCCCCCAUUGCCACAACUACUACUACCACCACCACCACCAAUGUUGGCAAUGUUAUUAAAACUAAUCACCAAAAUACGAUGAGACACGACUCUAGAAGAAGCACUGAGUGUAGUAGUGAUGAGGGGGGCAUUGAGAACAACAACAACAACAACAACAGCCAACAUGUUGUAAUGAACAAUAACAACAAUAACUACAGCAAUACGAUUAGAAGAGGCUUAAGAAACAGAAGUGCCUCCUUUCAACACAGAGGAGAAAGCAAUGUGCCGUCAAAGCUUGAAAAUGAAAGAUCUCCACAGUCUGUGAUCUGUCCACCAAAGAAACCAAGAAACCAACACUUUUUAACAGCUGGCAACAUUCAGCAGUUCAAUCCACAUAGUUCCAUAUCACCUCCUUUGACCAACACUGAUAAUGUUUCAGAUGAGAUUGUCAGAGAUGAAGAAACAGCAAGCAGAUUGGCAAUGCAUCAUAAAGAUGAAACUAGAGAAAAUCAAGAAUCACUUGAAAAUAAAGAACAACAACCAAACAGACCAGAUUCCCCAGUCUUGUCAAACACUAAUGAAGAACAGGAAUCUGUAACGGAAGAAUUAGAUUUAGCCAGGAAUGAAGAUGUCAGCCCUGAUUUGAUGCCAACCCAGUGGGAAUCGGAGAGCUUAAAGACAUCCAUGUCCCAGCCCUGCCCUCCUCCUGGCUCUCCUACAAAGCAGAGAUACAUAUCAGCCUCACUGCAUGGCCAAGCAAGGAAUACACUGGGGGCUAACAAAGAAAAUAUGGUGAAAAAUUAUAAUUUGACUAAUGAAGCCCUCAAUUAUCCAAGUACAGUUCAACCUCCAAUUUUAGAUUCACAGAAAUCUCCCCAGAAUUCAGUUUUGCAUUCAAGAUCUUUGUUCCAUAGAAAUCAGCAACCACCAUCAACACCACCACCACCACCACCACCACAAAUGACAAUUCCAUUUAACAGUGUUGCUGCUUCCUUUCCAGCACCUCUAAGAAAUCUGAAAAAAGAAUCUUCAUUUAACAAUCAUUCCAAUAAAAUUAGAAGUGAUGAGUUAGCUGAUGAUAGCUCAGCAGAACAAUUGGUUCCCAGGGCUAAAAUGGCACCAGUUAAUGUACUGCACCAAAAACCACCAUUGAGGUCUGCUCUUGUAGCCAGAAACAACAUUCCUCAGCCUGGAAUGAAUUCAGAAAGUAAUUCCAACAACAACAACAAUAUCAACAAACCUUGGUCACCUAAACAUCCACCUCAAAGAAGUAUAACUGCUUUAAACAACUCCAGGAAAAUGAUGGAUCCCAAAGGAUCACAGAAUAUUCAUGGAGCUUCAAUAUCAUCCCUUUCAAAAGACUUUCUACAGUUGAAUAGGUCAAAUUCUUCAAAUCUCACACAGAAUACAGGAAAUACCGAAAGCUGCAGCCUCCCGAGUACUCUCCUCCCUUUGGCUAAUGCUCCACCCCUAUCACAAAGUCAAACAUUACCAAAAAAACAUUUGAGGCGGAAACAAGAACUACAGAAAGAUAGUCUCUCUGCAGACUCAUUAAUCGCCAGAGGCCAAGGGGUGAUGGAGCCAUUGUCACAGCCUAAAUCCCCUGGGUCGGGUCCAGCUGCUGCUCCUGGCCAGCUUGCUCGUUCGCCAUUAUUAGUAAGCAAUCAGUCACAUACAAGACCUGACCAUUCUGAGAACUACAAUCCACAGCAGGCAGCUGUGAACAGUCAUACAUAUUCACGCUUUGGUUCCACUUCUCAAAAAGGAAACAGAAUUCUUCAAUCAGCAGACAAUAAAUUUCAGGACAACAAGUUUGUCAGUGAGAAACAUCUACAGAAACUUUCAGAUUCUUCUGUCCCUACAACUGGGAAAAGAGUUGCUCCAGCUGACAGUAAACAUGGGAUAAAUUUCUCAAACUCAUUAGUGGCAACAUCUGCACAACCAGCAGAGAGUGAUAUGGAUGAGGGGAGUACAGCCAAGCCAUCAUUAAACCAGCCCCAAGAAAAAAAGGUGAAAUGGCUGUCUUCAUAUCCAAACAGUUGCGCUCCAGCUAAAAAACAACAAAAGCUUGCAUCACCACUCGCUUUCAACCAUGGCGAGCCUGAAAUCAUAGAAAGCAAGCCUCCACUUUCACAACCUCGAAGAACAUUUCGAAAAUAGCCAGAGAAAUUGUCCAGACCAAGGGAAAUGCAGGCAGGAAUGAAGUAAAAAUUAUUGCAUACAUCUUUAUAAUAUGUCUAUAGUUCUGAGAUGAAUUGUUAUGAAUACAAUUAAGAUGGAUUGACUCCUUUUCAGAGUGUAUAUUUAAAAUAUUUACAUUUAAUAUAUAAUAUUAAUAUUGAUAUUCUUUCAUAAGCCAUCAAGCAGCCAGAAUCAUUAAUGUGCCGGGCGAAAUGCUUCGUGGUGUUUCAUCUGACUUCAAGUCCUGAGUUCAAAUGCUGCCAGGGUCGACUUUGCCUUUCAUCCUUUUGUGGUUGAUAAAAUAAGUAGCAGUUAUGCACUGGUGUCAAUGUAAUUGACUUACUCCUUUCCUGCAAAAUUGCUGGCCUUGUGGCAAAAUUUGAAAUGAAUAUUUACAUUUAUUAAAAUUUAAUAUAAAAAUAUUUGCUUUUACUCUACACUUUUGAUCACUUUCAUCCCUAAUUGUCAUUAGAUGUGUUAUUCUGGGAUGUCUACACCAAGUUCAGUUCUGGAUAUAAGUCAUCCAGGAACAAGAUGCCUAUGGUUGACUGCAGUGUGAUGUAAAUAUUGUAAGCAUUCACUCAAACAUUAAGCACAGUAAUAAUUCUAUAAGUUAAAACAUAUAUACACAUAUACAUACACUCUUUUACUUGUUUCAGUCAUUUGACUGUGGCCAUACUGGAGCACUGCCUUUAGUC